AUGGGCAUCCAAAAAAUAUCCAGAGUACAGGACAUGGUUCUGCACCACUCCACACCGCGGCGCGACUCCCGAGCGCGGCGCGACUCCCGAGCGCGGCGCGACUCCCGAGCGCGGCGCGACUCCCGAGCGCGGCGCGACUCCCGAGCGCGGCGCGACUCCCGAGCGCGGCGCGACUCCCGAGCGCGGCGCGACUCCCGAGCGCGGCGCGACUCCCGAGCGCGGCGCGACUCCCGAGCGCGGCGCGACUCCCGAGCGCGGCGCGACUCCCGAGCGCGGCGCGACUCCCGAGCGCGGCGCGACUCCCGAGCGCGGCCGCGGCGCGACUCCCGAGCGCGGCGCGACUCCCGAGCGCGGCGCGACUCCCGAGCGCGGUGCGCGACUUUCGAGGGCGCGUGA